ACGUGACAUGGUCAUGUGACGUGUAUAGUUCCUACACUAACCCUUUAUACCACAGGAGUUUGUAUUUAUCCUGAACCAUGAGCGCAGGUUAUUAUUUAGAACUGAGCGAAAAUCCGGUUCAGUUUGAAAGUGCAUCGAGUGUCAACAACGUGUUUUUUGAUGAAGCUAAUAAACAGGUUUUUGCUGUGCGAUCUGGUGGUGCCACUGGGGUCGUGGUCAAAGGCCCAGAAGACAAGAACUCCAUUGCUUUUAGAAUGGAUGACAAAGGGGAGGUAAAGUGUAUAAAGUUUUCAUUGGGGAACAAAAUCUUAGCUGUUCAGCGAACACCAAAAACAGUGGAUUUCAUGAACUUCAUUCCCGAUUUGCCACAUUUGGAAUUCUCCCAUGAGUCCAAGACCAAGAAUUCUAAUGUUCUGGGCUUUUGUUGGACCAGCUGGAAUGAAAUUGUUUUCAUCACUGACCAGGGAAUAGAAUUUUACCAGGUGCUGCCCGAAAAGCGAAGCGUGAAGAUCUUGAAGAGCCAGAGCAUAAAUGUGAACUGGUAUAUUUACUGCCCAGAGACGUCGGUCCUUGUGCUGUCCACCACUGUCCAAGGCAAUGUCCUGCAGCCCUUUGCUUUCAAAAAUGGGACAAUGUCAAAAAUGCCAAAGCUUGAGAUUGAGUUGCCAGUGGCCCCAAAACCAGCCAAAAUUGUCCUUUCAGAACGUGAUAUUGCAGUUGCCACCAUUUAUGGUCAGCUCUAUGUGAUGUAUCUUAAACACCAUACCAGAACUCCCAACAGCUCAGGCGCAGAAGUGGUUUUGUAUCACUUAGUUAGAGAAGGAUCCUGUAAAAAGGCACAUGUGCUGAAAUUGAACACCUCGGGCAAAUUUGCUCUGAAUGUUGUGGAUAAUCUGGUGGUAGUGCAUCAUCAGAGCUCACGGACCUCUUUUAUCUUUGAUAUUAAGUUAAAAGAGCCAGAUGGUGCUGUGAAUAUUCACCAACCUGUACUGCCUGCACAGUCCAUCCACCCCUAUAAGAUCUCUGUCACAGGACCUGUGGCUACUCCCAGUCAGGCGUCAGUGCAAUGUGAGCUUUACUCAUCUACUUGGAGUGUCUUUCAACCAGAUAUCAUAAUCAGUGCAAGUGAGGGUUAUCUUUGGUACCUUCACGUGAAACUCCAUCCAACAGUGGACCUUCUUCAAGACAAAGGAAAACUGAUGGAUUUUCUUCUGCACAGAAGUGAUUGCAAAAUGGUCAUCCUGUCCGUAUGCUCGCAGAUGCUUGUAGGUGGAGAGAAAGGAAACUUGCCUGUAGUGGCCACUGUAUUUGAUAAGCUAAACCAAGUGUAUAAGGAAUACCUGGAGGCAGAGCAAGCCUACACUUUGGCUAUGGAAUCAGGACCCAGUCGCUUUAGUAACUCUUGUAAAAGACCAGUUCGAACACAAGCAGUCAUUGAUCAGUCAGACAUGUACACACACGUCUUCUCUGCAUUUACAGAGAAGAAGGGUGUAUCACAUAAGUUCGUCAUUGCUGUUCUCAUGGAAUACAUUCGCUCACUCAACCAGUUCCAAAUCACUGUUCAGCACUACUUUUAUGAGCUGAUUAUUAAAACUCUGGUCCAGCAUAAUCUCUUCUACAUGCUUCACCAGUUCCUCCAGUAUCAUGUGCUGAGUGACUCCAAACCACUGGCUUGCCUGUUGUUGUCUUUGGAGAGCACGUACCCUCCUGCUCACCAGCUUUCUCUAGAUAUGCUCAAGAGGCUCUCCACAGCUAAUGAUGAAAUUGUGGAGGUACUUCUGUCAAAACAGCAAGUUCUCGAAGCUCUCCGAUUUGUCCGCAGUGUUGGUGGCCAUGACAACGUCUCAGCACGCAAGUUUUUGGAUGCUGCCCGGCAGACUAAUGACACAAUGCUCUUCUAUACAAUCUUCCGGUUCUUUGAACAAAGAAACUUUAGGUUACGUGGCAAUCCUGCAUUUAAUCCAGGUGAACACUGUGAGGAACACGUCACCUACUUCAAAGAAGUGUUUGGGGAACAAACACUGAUGAAACUUCCAGUUGUUUAAAGAAAAGGAUGGAGAUUUAAGAGCCAGGUUCCUGAAGCAAUUAUAACUGAUCAUUCUGCCUUAAGCUGAAAUUUUUUUAACAUCUUUAAGAUUUCACAUUCAAGCUGUGUUCAGUUCAUUCAUAUGUCAAAUCACAUAAGUAUCAAGUCACAAGUUUGUACGACUCUGUUACUUUGCAUCAUCUUGCAUAAGUCUUAUACUGUGCAUGCUUUGGUUGCCCUGCACUACAAUUUGAAAAAGGUGAGCAGUGCAAUUCAUGUGACAAAGUUUAAGGCAAAUGAGAUUAUUAGGUAACUACCAACCUUACUGAGAAACAUUGUGGCCACCAGACCAUUCACUCAUAUGUACAUAUUUGAAACCAUGCCCCUUUCCUACGCUUAUCUGGGCACGACUUCCACUAUAUUUUAGAAGGUGGCUGUAUAUAUUUGUGUCCAUUCAGCUGUUCGAGUAUAAGUAAGGUCAGCUACUGAUGUUAGGUGAGAAGAUACUGGUGCACAGUCAGCAUUCCAAUUCAACCCAAAGCUGUUUAGUGUGGUUGUGUUCAGGGCUCAAGCCAAUUGAGGUCCUCCACAUCAGGCUUUGUAAAUUUGAUAUUAUUUUGUGCGUGGGAUAUCAGAUGAAACGGGUUGAAAUGUACACAUACCUUAGGGGAUUAUAGUGUAAAUAAUUAUGUAAACAGUAAAUAACAAAACACCAUAGAACAAUAGAUUUGUAGAAUUUUCCUAAUUAAUUUUCAUGUUUAACUAAUGUACAGAGCAUAAACUGAGAUGCAAUAAAUAAAUAAUUGCACAAUA